CUUUGUUCGAGGAGAGAGAGAUUAUCUUACCAGAAUCGAGCUGAAGUGAGUGGUGGUCUGUAAACUCGAGCUGUGAGAGUGCUGAGACUGUUUGGUUGACAUCUCGAGUUAUACCAAUCCAAUUAAGGCGUGUGAGAUACCAAAAGAAAGCUCUCAAGACGAGGAAUCUUUGAAGGGCUGGUUUGCAUCAAUCGGAGUAGUGGAAGGCUUCCAAAUCGUCCGAGCAAAACACAACCUCGCAGAGACGGAUCUACUCUUCUAAAGUUGAAGCUAGAGCUUGCUACUUGCACCUUCUCACGGGUGAUAUCAAAUCAGGGAGACGUGGUUCGUGCUUCCUUAUUUUCUUUCAAACUACCGAACACAUGCUCAUGGAUAUUUAUCUUACUAUAAACUAUUUUUUUUUGGGGCUUGCAUGCUCAUGUUGUUGGCCGGUUGUGGCUUAUGACUUACCGUUGAAUAUUUCCGCUAUUCAUUGGUUUAAAUGUGAUGUUGUUAUGUAUGUUUACUACUGAGUAUGGAUGGAUUAUAUUCUCGGACGCCUUGUGUAAUUAAGUGAGGUUGACUCGCGGGUGACGUCACUUGAUUAUACGGCGGUUGUACACGCGCUUGGAUUGCGGUCUGGGGCGUGACGUAUACCCUUCUAACUCAGGGUGGUAACAUGACGGUGAGGGAACUUGAGCACAAGUUCAGGGAUCUUGCCGACUACAUACCAGAGUAUGCAUGUGACGAAAACCGAAUGGUGAACCACUUCUGGGAUGCUCUAGACUUGGAGAUACGUGAUAGGGCAACACAAUUGCCUAACAUGACCUUCAGUCAAAUGGUUGAUCAAGGCUUGAAAGGGGAGAAGCAAUGGGAAGAGAGGAAGAGGAGAGACGCCGAAGAGGCGAAAAAGAGAAAGUGGGAGAGUCAUGGCCCUCAAGGUUCUAAUAAAAAGGGAAACGAUGGAGGAGGAUCUUUCCGAACACCACCGCCACCACCUAGGGGGAACCAAGGCCCGAACGGACAAGGAUCACGGACCUCGGGGGUAGCUCAGUGCAAUAACUGUAAAAGGAGCCACUUUGGCAAAUGUCGUGACCCUCCUAGAUGCUUCCAAUGCGGGAACACCAGGCACUUAAAGAUGAAUUGCCCACAAUGGGGUGGGGCAAGGUCAUCGGGACCAAGUAGCGGGGCUACGGAAACAAGAAACCAAACUGGGGGUUCCCUAUAAACUAGGGAACAUGGGGGAGCAAGCGCGAGCAAUGUGCCAUCGGUGAAUCAAGGAAGGACUCAAGUUAGAGUCUGCGCAAUGACCGAGGCCGAUGCUCAGGCCAACCCCGACUCCGUUGCAGGUUGAAGCUCGAGCUUGUUACCUGUGCCCGUUGCUCGGGUGAUCCUUUGGAGAGAAGACGUGGUUCGUGCUUUCUCCAUUCUGUUUUGAACAAUAUUAAACAUGCUCAUGGAUAUUUUACUAUAGAGCCUGCGUGCUCAUGAAUAGCCCUGUGUGGCCCUUUUGUUUUAAACAAUGUUUUCCGCUGCGUUAUGAA